GUUGAAGUAAUAUAAAAGUAGACAGUCCUCAAAAUUUAAAUCAGUACUGAAAACCAGUCUGGAGUGAGACAUCUACUUGUUAAAAACCCACAGAACCUUCAGCAUGAAGUUGUUAAUCUUCCUUUUUGCAAUCUUUGUGUUUGUUGCCGCCCACUGGGAACCGAGAAGCAAGGAACAGCAUGACAAAGACGGUGAAGCGUGCUUUAAAUCUGAGGUCAUUCAUGGAGACAUGAUUGAUUACGAGACUAAAUGCUUUUUGCGGUGUGUCCUAAUGAAAAACAAUGUCUGGAAUGAUACCACAGGAUACAAUGUGGAGAGGGCAUAUAAUGAAGCCACUCACAUUGGACUAAGGGCAUCAAAGGAAGGUUUGACCGAGUGCAAUAGUGAUGACAAGAAGGAUAAGGAUCCUUGCCUAUGGGUCAACAAUAUUUUGAGAUGUGCUUAUGAGCACAAUUAUAUGAAACCGAAUUUUUAGACAGUGCAAACCGUGCUCAUAUUUUAAAGAACCAACUGUGUAUGUGCCUUUCUAUAAUUGUGUCUCUGCAAUAAAGUUUAGCUAAAGAUACAAUACUGAAGCUGAAUUACCCUAAA